AUGGCUUGGUUCACGACUUUGCCUUGUGGCUCCAUUACAAAUUUUCGCGACUUCUCGUCGAAGUUCCUUGUUCAGUUCUCUGCGAGCAAGAUCAAGCAGGUAACGAUCGACGAUCUGUACAACGUUCGCCAAUCAGAGGGUGAAACUCUGAAACAGUAUGUGAGGCGGUUCAAUGCGGCAUCUGUUAAGAUCGAAGAGUCGGAACCGCAUGCUUGUGCGCGCGCUUUCAAGAAUGGACUGCUGCUGGGAAAGCUGAACAGUAAGUUGAGUCACAAGCCAACUCGAUCGAUGGCGGAAGUUCGCGCUCGGGCGAACACCUACAUCUUAGAUGAGGAGGACGACGCUUUCAAGAAAAAGCGUGCCAAAGCGGAAAAUGAUGGAGGUCAGAGGGACGUAUCGCCAGCAACAAAGUCUGGAGAAAGGAGGAAGUAG